GCCAUUUUUAUUUCCGUGUCGUGCACGGGAAUUCCAAGAUGGCGCGAGCUGUCAAAGUUUUUCGACCGUGGAACGCUCAAUCGAUAGUUUUGAUUGCCGCUGUGCAGCUCGCGAAGGUGGGCGAGCCUCGGGUCUGGUUUUGAGGUUAGGGUUAGUGACUCGGUGACACUGGAAACGGCGGUUACGGGCUCGUUUGGUGCGUGCGCGGUCGCAAAAUCCUCCGAUAUUCUCUGGACGGGUGUACGCGCGAUAGGUCGCAGAAAUCCAUACAAGUUUCGACACCGAACGACACACAGUGUAAUCCCGGCUAAAUAUCGCAAGGUGGAAAUACGUGGGCGAGAGAAUGACACGCGCCUCCGCAGUCGAUCUGUUUAUUUUCCGUGUACCAGUUAAAUCUUUGGGAACAAGGGAAUCCACGCGCUGCUUCAGGCCGUCUAAAAAUAGCCGUUGCUUCCAUCGAGGUUCGUAGACCUUUAUAUUCCUCGAACGCGAUCGCGGUCGCGAUCGCGGAGGCGGUUCGAGUAUGCGUCUCUCGAGAUCGAUUAACGUGGGAUCGCGAUGCAACACGUGACAUAACGAUCCAUCUUACUUGUAUUUGUUCGUACGACCUACGUGGUUUGGUUCACCCAUCGGUCGCUAACGUUUACAUCGUCGAAACUCGAAGGACUCGCUGAUUCGAUACGAUACGAUUCGAUUUGAUUCGAUUCGAUUCGAUUCGAUUCGAUUCGAUUCGUAACGUAACAACAGUCGCUGGGAGAUGUACCACGACGAUUAAAAAAAUGUGAUGCUAAUAUCCGGAUAACGAGUUAAAAAAGGGAGCAAUUGUACUUGUUGAACGAUCUGAUCUCGGCCUAAUCGAUCUGAUCGAAGAAAGGAUGGACACGAAACGAUCAACCAGUGCGUCGUCGAUAGUUUGUCUCACGAUGGAUAAACGAGAGGUGAAGUGAAAAUGUCACAAAUCGCGGAUGCUGAGAGUGAAGCAGGCUCCAUCUGCGACGAGGAACGCGUCAGAAAGCUGUUCCAAGCAUGCGACGGCGACGGAGAUGGUUUUAUCGACAGCCAGGACCUGCUGACUGUGUGCAGGGAACUAAAUCUCGAGAAUUCGGUGGAGGAGUUGAUGAGGGAGUUAGGAGCGGACGAGCACGGUCGCAUUUCCUAUCAAGAGUUCCUCAGGCGCCGUUUGGCUCUGCGACCGGAAAUCGAGGCUCUCAGGUCCGGCAAACACCGAACCAGUCCACACCACACGCACACGCCAGAGUAUUUGCCCACCAGCAGCGACAACAGUCUCGGUACCGUAUCCGGCCGGCAUGAAAGUUGGGAAUUCGACAGCGGAGCAAGGGAUCUUUCGCCGGAGCCUCACACCCUUCAGAAAUUAGUGGAAGCUGCCGCAGGGGGGACCGGAAAUAUGCUGGACUUGGCUAAUAAGCUCCACGCGGCCGCGCUUUCGUCGCUACGGUCCGAAGUAGCCGAGCUGAAUUCGAGGCUGGUGACAGCGACCAGAGCGAGAGAAGCUGUUGAAGCGGCUUUGGUCAGAGCCGAGGUGCAAGCAGCCAGAGCCGAACAGAGAGCCGAACAACAAGCAGCGAGGCACGAGGAAAGGCUCACGGAGUUACAUUCCGUGAUCGCCGAACUCGGUAGGCAGCUCGAAAGACAUCGUGCUACCGUAAUUGCCGAGGAGGAUGAGUCUGAAAUAGAGACGAGCAGAGACGCGGAGGGCUCGAUUACGAACCCGGUGGAGGAAAGCGAAGGUGGUGGCGACAUUCAAGGCGACGGAGAUCGUACCUUGGGGGACGUCGAUUCCAGCUGUUGCGAGGAUAUCGAACCGCGCACUGCCGAGAAUGGAAGAGAACAGUUGGACAGUCCGGCGGCGUUACCAACCCCGGAGCCAGCGCAGCAAGCAGCCUCGUGCCAAAGCGUGGCCGUGGCGUCGUUGCAGGAAGAGGUCACAGCCCUUCGAGCUGAAAUUGCAACCUUACAGACGCAGCUUGCUAAUUUUAAGAAUCAGUCCAACAAUCAAUGGCAACAGGCUGACAGCGAAUCGCCGCGCAGGGAAACAAGAACAAGAGGCAACACCAGCUCGCCGGAACCUUUGAGUGCACCUUGUUCGCCACUCUUACCGCCCCUACAGACACCGCCGACAAAGAACGUAACGAGGGAGGAAGCUCCGGUUCUCAAAAUGGCCGAGAGGGUGAGACUCAGAAGAACGGACGAGAGGCACAUCACAGGACCCGAUAUUACCAACUUGGGAGUAUGCUCCACGAUGGUAGCGGAACACUUGGUCUCGGAUCUGCUCGAGCACUCGAAUCUUCAAGAAUUAAAUGGAUCCGAGAAACAGUUCGAGGUUGAAACCGAGAGAUUGAACAGCAGGCUGGAACACGCGCGAGCAAACAACGCUGUUCUUGCGCUCACUUUGCACGAGAGCAAGGCGCACUGCGACAGACUCAGUCUACUGGUAGGGAAGUACGAGUCGAACGCGAUAGCGUUGCGCCUAGCCCUUUCCUAUAGCGAUCGUGCGAUAGAAGCUUACGACGUUUUGGUGGCCUUGUUGGAGAGCGAGAUCGCUCUGUCGACGGAAAGAAACAGCAUCACGAUCGAUAAUCGAAGGGUAGCCGAACACGUGGCCUAUCACGUGUUGAAUAAGCUGGAAAACGAGUGUAUAAACGCCUUAAACGCUCCAUGGGAGGAUAGCAUAAUCUUGUCGGACGAAUCCGAGGUAACGUGGAGCGUAGACGACGAACAAAGGCUCAGAAGGCACAUCGGUAGACUGAAAGGGGAACGUGCCAUGGUUAGGUCGACCGCAGUGGAAUUGGAAAGCAUUCACGCCGAACCUUUAAACUCGAAACACACCAUUUCCCUUGCAGAAGUUCGGAAAUUAGAUUUGGAAACCGCCGUCUUGAUGCAGGAAUUGAUGGCUAUGCGGGAAGAUAAAGCAGAGUUACGGGCACGCGUUUUCCUCUUGGAAAAGGAACGGGCUACCAUAGAAUUAAAAUUAAACGCACGCGACACGCAAAUCGCGGCUCAGCAUGCUGCUAUUGAACAUCUUCAGGGUCAACUUAACGAUACGGAGGCCAUGCUGGCAAUGGCAACGAACAAAGAUCGAGGUAUGAGCGACAACGAAAGCGAAGGCAUAGAGUCCGAAUUGAUAGAGGCGCUGGGCCGAGAAGCUAGACUAAAAGAACGGUUACAGGAAUUAGUUUCGACGUUGGAUAAAGUUAACAAGAACUCCGAACUGAGGCAUCAACAGUCGGCCGAACUUGUUAACGAUCUGAAAAGAGCCAACGGAGCUCUGGUACAAAAUUUAGAAAAAUCCAAGAAAAAAUAUCAAUCCAGGUUAAAGAAAUUGGAACAACAAAUGUUGGGAAUGGUUGAAAGACACGCUGCACAGGUGAAAACGUUGAAGCAACGCAUAGCAUUGUUAGAGGAGGAGUCAGCGAGAUAUAAAACGAGUUUACCGCUUCAGUCGCAAAGUUCUGGUGCCAGCGAGACAUCGUUAUGACAAUUCAGUGAUUAAUGAAAAUCA